AUGUGGGACAUCGCAGGCAUCCGGGUGGUGCCUCGCAAUUACGGCUUGGUGUUCUCAGCUUUUUUCUUCACCACGCUGGCGGCUGUGGUGGUCGGAAUGAGAACAUUCACACGUGCGGUCCUUGUCAAGAACGUGGGCACAGACGACGUUCUGGUGGUAGUCGCUUUUUUUGGCACAGUCGCAUAUCUUGUCACCGUUAUCCAACAGAUCAAAUGGGGACUAGGAGACGCCAUAGGGCUCGAAGAGCUACAAGAAUUCCUUCGAGCCCUCUAUUCGACAGUGGUGUGCUACAACUUCACCCAGUUAUGCGUUAAAUUUUCGAUCCUUUUCCAAUACCGACGUAUCUUCCGAACAGAGAAUGCGAAGAAGGUCAUCACAGGGUUGAUCAUAUGGCUAGCUGUCUAUGCGGCCUUUUGCUUGGGGAUUAGCAUCUUUACAUGCUGGCCUGUGGCAAAAUACUGGAAUGAUCAGAUCGAAGGAGGGUGCAUUGAGCGUUCUGUUGUGAACUAUGUCAUUGCUGGUUUCAACAUCCUGAACGAUAUAAUCAUUUUAGUUCUCCCGGUUCCAUGGCUUCGUAACCUACAAGUCACGUUUCGGGCAAAGCUAAUCCUUAUCGGCGUGUUCACCUGCGGUGCAUUCGCUGCCAUUGUCGCCAUCAUACGUUUGCACUCUCUUUACGUCCAUGGCUCUGCACCAAUAUCCCAACAACCACUCGUCGGUGUAGACAUCGCCGUGUGGUCUGGCUUGGAGAUUAACAUAGCCAUUAUCUGUGCUUCUAUUCCUGCACUAAAGGCGCUGUUUAUCAAGAUUAUCCCCAAGCUUGGAACAUACAAGAAGUACUCAAAGAACCCCUAUGGACGUAGUACCACGGGCAACCUUCCUCUCCAGAGCUUCGACAAGCGCACUGGGAACUUCUCACAGCGAGGAAAGGAGAACAAUAAGAUGGAAAUUCAGGUUCAGAGGUCGAUUGAGAUGAACGUCAUUCCACUUGAAGACGAUGACAGCCAGAAAGAUUUGGUCACUAAUGGAUGGGCUGCGGGCUGUUACGCGCAUGGACAGCAACCUGACGACUUGGAGCGCCGAGCUGGACCUGAGCCUGGGCAGCGUAACACUCGGACCAAUUCGAACUGA